AAGGAACCUUGGAAUCUGAAGAGAAAGAAGACGGUAGCCUUCCACCCAGAAUCUGUUCUGAGGAAGAACGCCAAAGGACCAAGUGAAAAAAGAAAUGGCCAGUUCUCAGGGACAGCUGGCCUUCAGGGAUGUGGCCAUAAAAUUCUCGGAGGAGGAGUGGGGACUCCUGACCCACACUCAGCGGCAACUGUACAGGGAUGUGAUGUUGGAGAACUACGGACACCUGCUCUUCUUGGGUCUCAUUGUGUCAAAGCCUGAUUUGGUCUCCUUUUUGGAGCAAAAGAAGGACCCUUGGGAUGUGACGAGAAAGAAGACAGUGGUCUUUGAUCCAGGUAGGUGA